UAUUUCUGGGGACCCUCCAGAGGGGCCGACCCCUCAGGUUGGGAACCUCUGGACUGAACCAACUGUGUAUAAAGUAGUUCAACGUGAACUGCUGCUCUCACACUGAAGCUUCAGAACGAACAGCCCGACAGAGAGGCAGUUUACUGCAGAACAACACUGCAGUACUUUAACUACACGAAGCUGUGCGACCUCACACUACUGCACACAUGAUGCCAGUUUCUCAGCAUUUUCCUCAACACCUUUUACAUUUUUUGAGGUAUUUUCUUUCUCUUUGGCUGUCUUUUUUUCUGACUUUUUGCUUCAUCCUAAAGCGUGUAAGAAAAAGAAGAAAAAAUAAAGAUAUGUAUAAGAAAUGUUAAUCAAAACAGGAUUUCCGGUAGAGCCGUUUGCAGUUGUUUACAGUAAGAAACAAAAGCAUGACUUCUGUCCACAUGUUUUUCAUUGAAAACCUCCUGCCCCCCUGCAGAAAGUGAAAUCAACAUCAGUCCACAAAAUAAAAACGACUGGUUGUAAAUUUGACGGGCUUCCAGACUAAAGCGUGACACGUCACGACGGUAGCCGACAGGCGUCAUCCAGUCUCCUCCCUCCGCAGGGAAAGCGCACAUUCCUAUUGUCCAAGAUGGCGGCGUCGGUGCAGCCCGUCCGAUGCUGACAUGUUUUUAAACGCGUUUAUCAUUUUAUUUCGACAUAUGUGCAAGCGUUCGGGGUCCGGGCUGGUAGUGUGUUUUCGUCGGGGCUUUUGUCUACCGCCGUAUCUUUGCUAACGCCGCAGGGAUUCGCUUUCCACGCCGGAUUCCCGCUGCAGGCACCGAAAAGUUUGAGCUCCAUCAUCUUUUGAAAAUGAAGAGGCAGGCCGGGAGAGAGUCCAGUCCGUCUAGGGCCAUCGCUAAACGGAUCCGGGAAAGGGAACGAGAGAGCGCACGGAGAGAGGAGCUCCCCCCGCCGCCGCCGCCGCCGCUGGCUCUGCUGCUGGCGGAGAGCCGGGGGUACCAUCGCCGGAGCCGCAGCAGGGAGCGAGAGAAGCCGCGGCUCAGGGAGGAGCGGGCAGCCGCCUUGGAGCUCCACCACCGACAUGAGCUCAGCCUCCUCGGCCGUCCGCCGCUCCGGACAACGGCGGCGGAGCUCCCUGCAGCGAGGCCGGGCACUCUGGAGUACAAAACGCUGCUCAUUAGCAACCUGGGCUCGCAGGUGUCGGACGAGGAUGUGGAGGACGCGCUGUUUCAUGAGUUUAAAAAGUUCGGGGACGUCAGCGUUAAGCUGUCGCACACGCCCGAGCUGGGCCGGAUCGCCUACGUCAAUUUCCGGCACCCAGAGGACGCUAAGGAGGCCAGGCACGCAAAAUCGUCCAGGUUAGUGCUGGGUGAUCGACAGCUUAAAAUUGAACCUAUGUACGUAAGGAGGCGGAGUGUGACGCCGCCUGACGUCGGUUAUUUGCCUCUGCACCCACCGUACCCGUACAGACAGCGGUCCCUGUCCCCGCCAGGACCCGGGGUGAGCAACAUCAGAGACCUGAGGGCCAGACAUUACGCCCUGGAGACACUGGGUCUCGGCAGAGAGAGGGAGAGGCUGCUGGAUUAUUAUGGUAUGCUGGAUGAGAGGGGCCGACCUUAUGGCUUCCCCCCAGUGCCCGUAGUGGAGGAUCUGAAACCAGAGGACGAUCAAAGGGCCACCAGUAACCUUUUUAUUGGGAAUUUGGAUGGUAAUGUUACUGAGGCAGAACUGAGGAGGGGCUUUGACAAGUAUGGCAUUAUUGAGGAUGUUGUGAUUAAACGGCCAGCACGUGGACAGGGUGGGGCUUAUGCUUUUGUCAAGUUUCAGAACUUAGACAUGGCCCAUCGGGCCAAAGUGGCCAUGCAGGGACGGCUGAUUGGUGGCAACCCAAUAAAGAUUGGUUAUGGCAAAGCUAACCCCACCACGCGGCUCUGGGUGGGCGGCCUCGGUCCUGGAAACUCCCUGGCUGCCCUUGCUAGGGAGUUUGACCGCUUUGGAAGUAUCAGGAUUAUCGACUACGUGAAGGGGGACAGUUUUGCCUACAUCCAGUAUGAAAGUUUGGAUGCUGCCCAAGCUGCCUGCACCCAGAUGAGGGGGUUCCCCUUGGGUGGCCCCGAGCAUCGUCUCAGGGUGGACUUUGCAAAAGUGGAAGAGAGCCCCUCUCGGCCAUUUCCUCCAGGUUACCAGACCCCUGUGGCUCCCCUCUCCCACUACGACCUCCUUGGGGAGACCUACAGCCGCCAUCGCAGUCUGGAACGAGAGCUGAGGGGAGCCAGGGACCGCUCCUCUCCGCCACCGCACAGCCUUCUCUCCCAGAGGGAAAGAGACAGGGCUCUGCUGGAGAGAGACUAUGCCAACAGCCCCACCCGGAGCCUGGAGAGGAGAGUGGGAGGAGUUGAAGCGUUUGGGAGGGGUGGAAGAGGAGCACGGAGCCGCAGCAGGAGCAGGGAGCGGUGGCUGAAGGAGAGGGAGGAGAGGAGGAACCGGAGGAGGAGUAGGAGUCCGUCCACUGACAGGCUGACAGAGGAGAGGGAGAGAGAGAGGGAGAAGGAAAGGGGGAGGUCCAGGGUCCGAGGUCCGGGAGGGGCCGUGUCUCCUGAUGCGAGCCCAGACCGUGCACGGGUUCGAGCUCCUGACUCCACCACAGAGCCAAGAGACCACUCCCCUGACAGCGGCUUAGGAGGGCGACACCCUGCCACCAGCGAAGAAGAUCCACCGUCUGGUCGCUACCACAACAAGAGGUCCUCCGUCGAGCAUGUCAACAAUCACCACCAUCGAAACAGCGAGGUCAUCACCGCCGGCUCUCCCGUGACUCACACGGACACUCACACCUCUUCCUCUCCCAGCACGCUGUCAGAGUUCGCCCAGGCCUCGCUCUCCAAAACUUGGCAUGGCUUCUUUGCUCUGAAGAACAGCAGCUUCCCCACAGACCUGUACAUGCUGGAGGGGGGCUCCUCCUUCUUCAGCGUGGUGAUGAAGGACAGCCUGAAGCUGCAGAGCCAGAACCAGCCCAGCCAGCUGAAGAUCGCCCAGAGGCUCCGUAUGGACCAGACUCGACUCGAUGAGGUUUCACGCCGCAUUAAACUCGGACGGCCUGACAGCUUCGCCAUCCUGUUGGCCAUCCAGGGCCCUGUUGACCGCCAAGCACCCGUCCCUGAACCAGGACUGCAGGUGCGUUUGCUUCGCCACCUGGUGACCUACCUGCGGAACAAGGAAGCAGCUGGAGUGGUGAGCCUGCCCGCAGCGAAGGAGGGGGGGCCUGGGGCCAUGCUGUACGCCUUUCCUCCCGGAGAGUUUUCUCAGCAGUUCCUGCAAGCUGCCAAAAGGACUGUGGGUAAUCUGGACGAGGAGCACAUGGUGAUUGUGAUCGUCAAUGACACUAACUGAUCACUUACAAGUGUUCAGACACACAGGCAAACUGUUGACCAUAAAUACUUCCAUGUUUUUACAAAGAUGCAUUUUGUUGUUGUGUUAUAAAGGAAACACAGUCCAGAACACUACACACGUCUUCUACUCUCGUCUGAUGUGAAACACUUAAACUCUGAGCUGUAACAUACAACACUAAACCUGAGGCCCAGGUUCAUAUGCUUCUUUACUUUAUUUGUCCUUUAGUUCUCCUUUUAUCAGAAUUUACCACGUUCUUCUGUGUAUCCACGUGGGACUGGGGGCUUUUCCACAGAGUGAUUGUACUGUAAACUGAAUGGACACUUUGUCUCCUGUACUGGUUCUACUGGUUUGUUCUGGCAGGUCAUCGACUCAGUGACCCUACAGCUGAUGUAGUUUGUGUUUUAUCAGUCGAUCCAUUCCAGUUUGGUUCUGAAAGUUGUGGGUGUGUUUGCUGCAUGGGGGAAAAGAAGAAGUUGGAUUUUGUCUGUAAAAAAAGUGUUAAAGUGUUAGCUGUUGUCACGGAGGUCCCAGUUUGCUGGAGAGACGUUGAGCUGGUUUUAUAUUGUGUACUCACUUUUAUUCUCUUUUAAUACGUCCCUCCGUCUGUUUCUUUUUCCUCCAUCCUUGUUGUUUGUGUCUGCCAUCAUGUUGUUGUCUUUUGUCUGUAGUUUUAGCUGAAUAACUCGGUCACGUUGAGUUGAUUGUUUCAGGUAAUUACAUGAGCCUUCAGGUGUGAAGUGUUCCCGUCAGUCAGACUCCCGGCUGUAUCCAUGACAACACUCUUGUGUGUUGUUUCCAUCAAUCAGAUGAUUGUUGCGUUUGUGGUGAUCCGUCACACAGCAACAUUUCAGACUACGUUCGCUUUGUUUAAUGUUUCACAAAAAACCACACGAAGGCCGAACGCAGCUUGAAAAUGUAUCAGAUGUGAUGUGAGAACAAAUCAGACUGAAGAUAAACGUGAGAUUUUAAUCUGUUCAUCGCACAAACAACUAAAUCAGGACGACGGGCUGAAACACACAGAACACAUGGAGGUGCUUUACAUAAGACAUGACAGACCCAAAGAACAGAAAGACAAGGCGGUAAACAGUUAAACAGGAUGGAGGAAACAGAAAACUGAGCAGCAAAAUGUUGUUUAUAGAGCGGAGAGAUGGAGCAGAGCCGCACUCAGACCAGGUUCAGCUUGGACCGCAGGCAGCUGAGUUCUUUGACACACAGGAGGCAGAGUAAAGACGUGAGCCAUGGACUGAUGUGGUCUCUUAUGGUCUCAGUGAGGACUCUGAGUCUGAUGUGAGACCAGUCGCCUGAUCAAGUGACCGUCUGAAGUCCUGCAGCAGGACGUCUGGUCUUAGUUCCUGGAGUCCAAUCUGUGCUUCACCGGUUAAAUCGUGCGCCUGCUGGAGAAACUUUAACAACUACUUGUUGGUAGAUUGUUGCUGAUUGUUUUUAUCUGAGAAAGACUAAUUUAUAGAAGGUUUUUCUGUUUCUGUACAGGCGUGAAUGUUUCAUAUGAAGAGAAAACAGAAUAAAUAAGAGCAGGAGGAGCUGCCAGAGGUGGAGAGUACAGUACAGUAAAGUACACAUUUUCUGCUGCUCUGCACCACUGCGUGUUGUACUUUAACUUCACUUUGUUCAUCUGACAGCAGGUGUAACUCGUUUUGUAAUAAAUAGGAUCAGUUUUUCUUUAAAUCAAGUCGUUUCAAAAAAUUUUAGAAAGAAAAAAAGUGCAACACAUCUGUUUUCAAACUGUUUUCAAUGGAAAAAUUUCAUUUAAAACUUAGUCAUUCACAUCCUCGUCUCUUCACCGGAACAGUUUGAACUGAGCCAAAUGAGAUUAAAACUGGUUGAAAUAAUCUCACUGCACUUCGAAAUAAACUGAGGGACUCGGUAACCGACAGAAGUGCUUUCAUAAGAUCAACGUUUUUUUCAGGUUAAACAGCACAACAUUUUAUAUAAUAAUUCAAAUCAGAUGAUCCUAAAAGACGUGUAACAGUUGGACAGGACUUGUCCUGUGUCAUGAAUGCUUUUACUUCUAAUGGACCGUUUUUUAAUUGUAGUAUUAGUAUCUGAGAACUUCCUCCACUUCUGCUGGCCACCUUUUUCAGAGACCAGACUUUGUGUUGUGCUCGUCGUCAGUUGUGGUGUGUGUGGCUCUCAACGUUCCUCCGUCCAGCAGUCAGGGACCUCCGCUGUGAAUGUGUUGGAUUAGAAAAUUAUGCCUAAAGACUGUUCUGAAGAGGAGCGACACGGACAGGAGAACGCAGAACGUUCAUAGGUGUAGAGCCAUUUUGUACAGAACCUCCGCAGUGACAGUAAUAAGACAACACUACCCUCCCCGUGUUGUGCUGUGUGUGUCACGGCCGAUCACGUCACGCAGGCCAGGUGGUCCACAUCCAUGAUGACAGUCGGUUUCUGUGCACACACCCGCCGGUUUGGUUUUUGUGUUGACAAAGAAAAAUGGAAUAAACAUUUUAUGCUCUUUCUAAGA